AUGUCGUUCGAAAGCCAGGGUGCCCCGGAUAGUUCCGUGCCGGCUGGCUCCCGCAGACCGCCAUUCUUCUUCCGUGAGGAGUAUUCCAACCUCAUCGUGAAGGGAAACUUCAUGACUCUGGCUGCCAAGCCGAAGCUCGUCGACGAGGGCGAAUGGCUCGCACACACAGUCGUCGAGCAGUAUCGUCUGCUGGAGCAAAUGAUUGAGAUCAUCAAAGUCCACGACGACAGGACUGGCAAGCCAAUCUGCAACCCAGAUGUCUGCCCUACCAUGUCAGCCAGCGGCCACACUUACACCUGGCUCGACAACCAGAAGAGGCCCAUCAAGAUCCCAGCCAUCCAGUACAUCAACCUCGUUCAGAAGUGGAUCGUGGGCAAGAUCAACGACCCCAACAUCUUCCCAACCGACACCACCUCUGUCUCCAUCGGCGCUUCCACCUAUGCAUCAGGAUCUCUGUCAAGUGGCGGCACCCCUCAACCUCUUGGACCCACCAGCCUCAAUGCCCCGCUAUCGCAGCUAGCCGGCAACGAGUGGCUCGGCAAGCCCUCCGGCUUCCCAGAGACAUUCGAGGCAGACAUCAAGAGCAUCUACCGCCAGAUGAUGCGAUGCUAUGCGCACAUCUACCAUGGCCACUGGCUCGAGCCCUUCUGGAACGUGAAUGCGUACAAGGAGCUCAACACGUGCUUCAUCCACUUCAUCAACGUUGGCAAGCUGUUCAACCUGCUUGGUGAGAAGGAGCUUGAGCCUAUGCAGCCGUUGGUUGACCUGUGGAAUGAGAAGGGUCUGCUGCCACCUGUUGGCGCGACUUCGAGUGGCCAACCGGCGCAACCUGCUGCUUGA